AUGAAGAUAAAAACUAUCAGCAGAAGUUCUGAUGACUAUGUUCCGGUGAAGAGUACGCAGGAGUCCCAACUUCCCCGCAAUUUGGAUCCAGCACUUCAUCCAUUCGAAAGGGCUCGUGAAUAUACGAAAGCUCUUAACGCUACAAAGAUGGAAAGAAUGUUUGCAAAGCCGUUUGUUGGUCAAAUGGGGCAUGGUCACAGAGAUGGAAUUUAUACUAUUGCUAAGAAUUACAACGUCUUGAAUAAAUUGGCCACGGCAUCGGCUGAUGGGGUUGUGAAGUAUUGGAAUAUGUCAACCCGUGAAGAAAUAUGUUCGUUCAAAGCUCACUAUGGGCUAAUUCAUGGGCUAUGCAUCACCCCCCAGCAGUUCUCCCCAAGCAAAAACGAAAACUUUAUGCUCUCUUGCGGUGACGAUAGAACUGUCAAGCUGUGGUCGGUUAACACAGACGACUUUUCUCUAGUCAAGAGUGAUGAAGAAGUAGUAGAUUUCGGCAAUGGAAUCAAAAAGACAUAUCAUGGGGAUCAUGCCUUUUUGGGCAUUGACCACCAUCGUUCGAAACCUAAUUUUAUCACAGGCGGGGCCCAAAUAAACUUAUGGGAUACUAGUAGGUCGAGGCCCACCUCGAAUUUGUCUUGGGGAGCAGAUAAUGUUUCAACUGUUAAAUUUAAUCAAAAUGAGACUGAUAUUUUUGCCAGUGCUGGUAGUGAUAACUCAGUAGUCCUCUAUGAUUUGAGAACAAAUUCUCCGACUCAGAAGUUUUCACAGAAAAUGCGGACAAAUUCCAUUUGCUGGAACCCCAUGGAAGCUUACAACUUCGUUGUGGCAAACGAAGACCAUAACGCCUACUAUUAUGAUAUGAGAAAUUUAUCGCGCGCCUUACAUGUCUUCAAAGAUCACGUAAGUGCCGUCAUGGAUGUAGAUUUCUCCCCAACCGGCGAUGAAGUUGUGACGGGUUCUUAUGACAAAACCAUCAGGAUUUACCAAGUAAAGCAUGGUCACUCACGGGAGAUUUAUCAUACUAAGAGGAUGCAGCACGUUUUCCAGGUCAAAUAUACCAUGGAUAGUAAUUACAUCGUCAGCGGAUCGGAUGAUGGCAAUGUGCGACUGUGGAGAGCUAAAGCAUGGGACCGGUCUUCCGUUAAGUCCUCUCGUGAGAAGAACAAGCUGGCUUAUGAUGAGAAAUUAAAGGAUAGAUUCAAGUUUAUGCCGGAGGUCAGGAGAAUUAGCAGACACAGACAUGUACCCAAAGUUAUAAAGAAAGCGGGAGAAAUCAAACAAGUGGAGCUCGAUAGCCUGAAGAGGAGGGAAAUGAACGAACGCAGGACAAAUAGGAAUAUGGAUUUCGUUCCUGAGAGAAAGAAACAGAUUGUUGGACUUGUCCACCAGUACAAUGGUUCCAAAAACUCCAAAGGGCAGGAAGAAGAGUAA